AUGCUCCUGCAGCAGCAAUACCGUGAAAAGGGGUUUCAAAAAUACUCUGAUUUAAUUUCUUGUCUUUUGGUUGCUGAACAAAACAAUGAGCUUCUAAUGAAAAAUCAUGAAGCUCGGCCUGCUGGUGUAGCUCCAUUCCCUGAAGCGAAUGCAUCACAACACAACCAUUUUGGAAAAGCUCGUGGUCGCGGUCGUGGUCAUGGUCGUGGUCAUGCCCACAAUCCUAAUGGAAAAUUCAAAACCCCAUUUUUCCACCAGAAGUGGAAAAAUAAUGAAAAGAUUGAAAAGGAAAAAGGUGGACAAAAUAGCAAAACAAAUGAAAAUAUAUGCUAUCGAUGUGGUGGCAAAGGUCAUUGGUCUCGUACAUGUCGUACUCCAAAGCAUUUGGUUGACCUUUAUCAGCAAUCACUGAAAAACAAAGGAAAAAAGGUUGAAACUCAUUAUGCUUAUAAUGAUGGUGAUGAUGCUGAUUAUGAUAUUUAUGGUGACCUGGAUACUACUCCUUUGGAUAUUGGUGAUUUCUUUGAAGAUCCAAAUGGAAAAAUUGAUCACCUUAUUGGAGAUGGAACCGUGAAGAAGUAG